GCUGAGAAAAAAAAAAGGAUGAACUUUUCUUAUUGUUUCUGCUUUGUAAAAUUUUACUUUGUGUUCGUUUCUUCGUUAAAAUAAGCUUAUUUAACAGAGGACUCGCUGCUUCGAAAGGAAAACUUUUUUGUUUUAUUUUUUUUAACAUAGAUUUUAAGCUUUAAUUUGUUUUUAAACUUUAUGUAUUUGGAUUUAACCUUUCUAUCCCGCCGCCCUACUAUGGUCAUAAUGGAGGUUCCAACCAUCGACUGCGCGUCCGUCCGCGGGCUCCUGGAGGACGACGUCCCGGCCUGUCUCCUGCUGGACUGCCGCUCCUUCCUCUCCUUUAACUCGUCCCACAUACCGGGAUCCACCAACGUGCGCUUCAGCACCAUAGUUCGCAGGAGGGCCAGAGGGGUUCUGGGACUGGAGCACAUCCUCCCCAACGAGGACAUCAGGAAUCGUCUCCUGUCCGGAGAGUACCAGUCCGUGGUGCUGCUGGACGACCGGAGUUUGGACUUAAGCCAGGCCAAGAAGGACGGGACCCUGAUGCUGGCCGUGACGGCCCUGUGUCGGCAUCCGUGUGGCUCCACUGUGUUUAUUCUCAAAGGUGGAUUUGACACAUUUUCCACCAAGUAUCCAGAGAUGUGUACCAAACCAUCCCUGCCACAAGGUCUCAGUUUGCCUCUGAGCUCCAACCAUCCAGAGAGUGCAGACCCGGGUUGUAGUCCCUGCAACACACCUCUUUAUGAUCAGGGUGGUCCCGUAGAGAUCUUGAAUUUCCUGUACCUCGGCAGUGCUUACCACGCGUCCAGAAAAGACAUGCUAGACAUGUUGGGGAUCACCGCUCUCAUCAAUGUCUCUGCCAACUGCCCCAACCAUUUUGAGGACUCCUACCUCUAUAAGCGCAUCCCCGUCGAGGACAACCACAAAGCCGAUAUCAGCUCUUGGUUCAACGAGGCAAUUGAGUUUAUUGAUUCCGUGAGGAAUAAAGGAGGUCGGGUGUUUGUUCACUGUCAAGCAGGUAUCUCCCGCUCUGCCACCAUUUGCCUCGCCUACCUCAUGCGUACCAACCGUGUAAAGCUGGACGAGGCCUUUGAGUUUGUCAAACAGCGCCGCAGCAUCAUCUCCCCCAAUUUCAGCUUCAUGGGUCAGCUCCUCCAGUUUGAGUCGCAGGUUCUGGCGUCCUCCACGUGCUCCUCUGAGGUGGGCAGUCCGGCCAUUGGCAACAGCAGCAAAGUCUUCAACUUCCCCGUCUCCAUCCCUGUGCACAACUCAGCUGGUUCACUGUCAUUCCUCCACAGUCCAAUCACAACCUCGCCCAGCUGUUGAAACACAGACAGACAGUCUUUGGACUUGAAGUACAACCCCCCCACAACGUGACUCGACCCAAGUCUAAACCCUGUAUUUUGUGAUACUGGUAUCACUGGAUGGAAUAGGAGCUGCAUUGUGUUGUCUCCUAGCUAAUUCUUGUGAUAUCACAGCAGUAGCCUCAUUAUUUCAAGAAAUUUGAUGGUGACCAUCAGGCAGUAUUGAUGCUUAACAACUGUGAAUAUCACCUUCAGUUUUCAUCCUAGAUGUGUUGGCAAAGGACUGAAAUUUUAGUUGACAUUAUUCCUGUAGAGGAAAUGAAAAGUAUUGAAUAUUCUUUAUUCAAGGGGCUUUUUUUAAAGAAGGCUUUUGAUAAUCUUCAAAAGAAAGGGCUUUCAGCUGUCUCAGGAAUAAUAGCUCCUUCUCUCAGUUGUCUGUUCAUUGGAUGCCACGCAGAAGAAGCAAUAUAAACCUGAUGCCUGUCCAGGCAUGACAGAAGAUGUUACUUUUCAUUUGUUGAACAUUGAAUGUAUUCCCAAAUUUUGAAUCCUACCCCAGUGAAGAUGUGUCAGAAAUGUUCAUAUUCACAAGUAGGAAGUUUGCUGUUUCAUCUUGUCUUUCAAUACAAGAAUCCUUGACGAUCCUGACGUGGUGGGGAAAGCAACCAUUAAAUACCUCAUGUUUAUAUGUACUGUGUAGUGCUGCUCUGAGAUGGACAGAACCCCCCAAAAAUACUGAAAUGGGGCCACAGUCAUCAAUGACUGCAUUCUGAUAUAUUUAUUGAACUAAAUUAAUAUAUUUCUUUGUCAUCUAUUUUUGCAUAUGCUUAUGUUUUUAUACUAAUGAAUAAAUCUCAGUUGACUUUUGUA